AUGUCACCUCCGUAUCAAGGUCUCCUUGACAAAGGAGGAGUGUGGACCGACAUCCAAGAAGUCGGUUCAAGCGAGGAUGAAGUCGAACACACCGGCCCUGGGCCUGAACCCAAACAGCGACAUCCGUUGAGAUGGCUUGCUGCCACGACCAAACAUUCGCUCUUUGGUCAUGGCACACACACGCGCAGCAACAGCGGCAGUAACCACCACCACAAACUUCACAAGACAGCAUACCUUGACGGGCUGCGCGGCUUUGCUUCCCUGCUCGUAUACUGCCUGCACCACGAGGGGUUUGUGCACUCGAGUCUGAUUCUCGAAAACGGAUUUGGAUGGGACGGACACUACCACCUGGCGACUUUCCCCUGGAUCCGAACUUUCUUUUCAGGCGGCCAUUACGCCGUGGCCGUCUUCUUCGUCAUUUCCGGGUACGUUUUAUCAGCGAAACCCCUUGCCCUUAUUCACUCUAGCGACCACGAGCGACUCUCCGAAAACGUGGGCUCAGCCCUAUUCCGACGAUGGCUGAGACUGUACAUCCCCGUGAUCGUGACGACAUUCAUCGUGGCGUCCCUUCCACACGUCUUCGGCCUGAAAGCCAACUUCGAGCCCCAACAAACGUGGCGCGACGAGAUCUGGAAAUGGUACUGCGAAUUCAAAAACUUCAGCUUCGUGUUUCGGCUCGGCGGCGAUCCCUGGUUCAGCUACCACUACCAUGUGUGGUCGAUCCCAUUUGAAUUCCGCGGCUCCAUAUGCAUCUACACGUCAUUGCUGGCCUUCUCGCGAUGUACGCGCUCAGCAAGAUUGUGGUGCGAGGUCGGCCUGAUCGUGUACUUUCUCUAUAUUGCCGACGGGGCGCAAUUCGCCAUGUUCUGCGCUGGCAUGUUGCUGUGCGACCUGGACCAUCUGGCCGAGCGGCAGCAGCUUCCGCGCUGGAUGAAUCUCAGCAAGUUCAACUCGCACUUAUUUUGGACCAUGUUAUUCAUCCUCGGCGUCUUCCUCGGCGGCUGUCCUUCCCACCAUUGGGACCCGCAGUGGUUGAAAGCCGCUCCCGGCUGGGGCUUCCUUGCGUCCUUGGUCCCCCAGGCCGUCUUCGACUAUAAAUGGUUUUUUCUGUUUUGGGCCUCCCUGUUGACUGUGGCGUCCAUUCCACGACUACCCUGGCUCAAGCGGUUUUUCGAAGGCAGGUUCUGUCAACACCUGGGACGAAUCUCGUUUGCUUUUUAUCUCGUCCACGGUCCUGUCCUUUGGACCCUCGGUGGGCGGUUGUAUGCUGCCACAGGUCUGUGGAACGACUGGCAACUCACCGAGAUCCCGGGCUGGGUUAACCGGGUGCCUCUGCCUUAUGUCGGCCCGUGGGGGUUGGAAUUGAAUUUCCUCGUUCCGCAGUUGAUUCUUCUGCCUGUCACGCUGUGGCUGGCGGAGCUGGGUACAGCCUUGCUCGAUGAUCCUAGUAUCAGAUUUUCGAGGUGGCUUUAUGGCAAGGCCACUGGGUCUAUCGGCUCUGCUGCCGCAGCAGGGGACAAGGAUAGCAGCAGCCUUCACGUCCAGGACAGAGGUCGAGAUGGUAAAGUUGGUGAUUGGGCCCCUUUGAAAAGGUGA